AUGGUUGGCGCUGCAAUGUUCGGCUUCGACCAGGGCAACUUUGGGAAUGUCCAGGCCUUUGAGUCCUUCCGGAACGAGUGGUGCUUGAAGAAUUAUGGCGACGUCUUCUCCUGCAGCGAGGAGGGGUCCCUGGACAACGACCGCUGGAACGACGAUUUUGUGACCUGGGGUGCCACUCUCAUCACCUUCGGCGCUGCGGCGGGCGCCAUCAUUGCAGGGCCUCCCUUGACCAACAAGCUGGGCCGAAGGCCCUGUAUCCAGAUCGGAGGCUUUGUGUGCUUCAUCGGAUGCCUCAUGGCCUCCUACUUCUCCUUCCACAGCGUGCCAGAGUUUUUCGUUGGCCGCUUCAUUACAGGAGCCGGCGUGGGCAUCAGUUGCUUCGCGCUGCCUUUGUACAACGCUGAGAUCUCCACGCCAGGAAUCCGAGGAGCCACUGGCUCCUUGUUCCAAUUGAACGUGGUGGUGGGAUGCUUCAUCUCUUGCCUCAUCACGUUCUUCGAUAAGGACUGGUACAUGGGCAUGCUGCUGCCCGGCCUCGCUGGGGCUGUGCUUGUGGUGGGUGGCUUCUUCAUCCCCGAGUCCCCACGCUUUGUCAUGGAGAAGAUGAUGCACAAGGAUCACAACGUGGAGAAGGCCCUGGCUGCCGGAACCAAGUACUUGAAGCGCAUCCGAAAAGGGGACGUGAGCGCCGAAGCCAACGAGAUCAUGGAUCAGAUCAAGGAGGAGAUGAACAUCGAGCACGUGAGCUUCAUCGGCCUCUUCAAAGAGCGUAACUUGCGGAAGCGCACCUUCAUCGCCUGCACCCUCGUGAUUUGCCAGCAGACCACCGGUGUGAACGCCUUCCUGGGCUAUGCAGCCACCCUCUUCAAGCAGUGCGGCAUCAACGACCCCAUCCAGUUCAACGCGAUCUUCAACAGCAUCAUGAUCUUUGGAUGCGUGGCGGGGCUCUUGCUGGUGGACUCCAAGUACGGUGGCCGCAGGUGUCAGCUGCUGGUGGCUACGGUGAUGAUGGGCCCACCCCUGCUCCUCGCUGGAUUGGCUUUGCAGUUCGACUGGGCAGGGCUCAUCACCAUGACCUGCGUGAUCAUUUAUGGCGUCGGCUUCCAGUUCGCUUGGGGCACCAUCCCCUGGAUCUACCCUGCAGAGAUCUUCUCAAUGGCGGAGAAGGAGUCCGCGGUGUCGCUGGCCGUGGGUUUCAACUACAUCGCCAACGCGGUGAUCAUCUACAUCACGCCCACUUUGAUGAAAUGGUCCACUCCAGGCACUCUGCUGGUCUUCGCGGUGCUGAAUAUUUUGAACGCAUUCUUCGUCUUUGCCUACAUUAAGGAGACCAAGGGUGUGCCUUUGGAACAGAUCCCGGACCUCUUCCGCCGCAAGAAGUAUGACGAGGAGGGGUCCACCACGGACGGCGGCUCGAGCAGUGAGGGCUUUUGA